CCAGGAUGUAGCAAACAUACAAGCAAUAUAACAACUAUAGAACAGCUCACUCCUACCUUCUCUUCUUUCUCUAACUCCGACCAAUCUAGCACUGCUUACCAUAGAGACCUCUAGACCACUAGACACCCAGAUACAAUGGGCGACCACACAGCCUUCUUCUACGGCACAUUAAUGGCUCCCGGCGUCCUCCAUAGAGUAAUCUACGGCACCCACGACCCAGAACCCUGGCAGAAAAACUCCCUCACAGUCCGCCCCGCCAUGCUCCAAUCCUAUCGCCGUCACCGCGUCCGCAACGCAGACUAUCCCGCAGUAAUACCCCACGACAAUUCCUGCGUACGAGGCUCCGUCGUCACAGGUCUAACAGAAGGCGACCUCUACAGACUAGACAUCUUCGAAGGAUACCAGUACUCGCGUCAAAAAGUCAAAGUGCAAGUACUUAAAGAUGUCGGACUGGAUCAGGCCGCAGAAGAGGGAAAGACAGAGGUCGUCGAGGAGGUCGAGGCAGAAACAUAUAUCUGGGAAGAUGGCGAAGAUACGCUAGAUCCUGUAGAAUGGGAUUUCGAAGAAUUCAAGCGCGACAAGAUGAAGGCGUGGGCGGGUAUGGCUGAAUAUGGAGACGGAGCAGACGUGGACGAAGGGUUUGCUGAUGUCGAUCGUGCGGUGGCAGAGCAGGAAAAGGCCGGUCACGAUCCAAUGGGUGGGAGAGGCACCAACGGACACAUCGGACAACAAUUGAAAGAGGCUGCUGUUUAGAUUCUGGAAUAUUAGAGCCAUUCCGGCCACUUCCCAGAAAAAGAGGAAAGU